GAAUAAUGUAUAACUCGAUCGAUCCCAUCUACUCGUUGUUCAUUCGGAACAAAGAAUAGUAAUCCUGGGCUAUCGUGAUCGAACGUUCGCUCCUUUCUUUUCUUUCGUUCUUUCUCGUCAUUUCUUUUCCGAAACAUCAAAUAACGGUGCAUCAAUGAUAAUAAUAAAGUAGACACAAAGUACGAUAUCGGUGAAUGAAAGGAUGCCAAUACAUCAAAGCGACUGAUCGUCUCUAAUACGUUGCAAUAAUCGAUGUAGACCGUGUACAAGUGUACCAGUUCAAUGUCCUAACAUACCAGAAUAUUAGCAUUACGAUAUGAGAUUUCUGAAGAGCCACGACAUAUCUAUCAGCUUGACAUCGACUUUUAUGAAACUCGUUGGAUUAUGGACGUCGAAAAACCAAUCGGAACGACGCGUCAGACUUAUUACGCAGAUUUACACGUUCGCGAUUAUUCUCUUUGCUCUAUGGCUAGAGCUUACGGAUAUUUAUUAUUCUUUCGGUGAUCUGAGUACCUGCCUUUACAACGUGUGCAACAUUUUGGCGGUCCUAAUGCCUCUUCUGAAGAUGACCGUAUUGCUUGCGCAUAAACAAGAACUUUUUCAUUUAAUCACAUAUACGCAACGAAAAUUUUGGCACGAGAAUUACGAUGAGUACGAGAAAAGGAUUUAUAUAGACUGCAAACGCAAAUGUACCGUCUUUGUUUGUUUCGUAAUAUUCACCACCAAAGCGACCCUUAUUUGUUACGCCCUUAGUCCAAUUAUUGAAAAUAUUGGAAGGAACGAGUCAGCCAGAGAAUUUCUAUUUAAUAUGUGGAUUGAUCUACCACUGACAAUGUCCCCAUACUAUGAAAUGACAUUCGUAUUACAGCUCCUGACAUUGUACCAUAUUGGAGUCGGCUAUUUCUGUUUCGACAAUCUAUUAUGCGUCAUGAAUCUACACUUGGCUACUCAAUUUCAAAUACUGCAAUAUAAAAUGUCCCGAAUGACCGAUUUAACGAAUAAAGAGAAGGGAGAAACAAAUCCACAAUUGUUCUCAGGAUCAUCGACAAAGAAAUAUUACACCGUCUUUAAGAAGUAUGUUCAACAACAUCAAGCUCUCAUAUCUUAUUGUGGAAAACUGGAAUCGGUAUUUAAUUUGCCUGUUUUGGCGCAAGUGCUGACGUUCAGCUUGGUAAUGUGUCUCGAUGGGUACCAGAUACUUAUG